UCGCCCUGUCGCGGUGUGUGCUUUCGCGGGCGGCCGACAGACGCGAACGAGAGUAGGAGGAGGGAACGUGAGUUCCCUUCUACGCAACGCGAGAGAGAGAAGGCGGAAAAAAAGAGAGGCGAGAGAGCACGCACACGUACGCACGAGGAUACACACGGUCACGAAUGCGUGUUCACGUAUAUACGCAUGAUCGUUGCACAUAUGUGUGAGCACCAGGAGGAAACGCACGUACGUGCAGAAGAAGUCGAGAAAGAGAAAAAGAGAGAGAGAGAGAACAACUGGGGGAGAGACAGAGAUGAAGUGAGAAAGAGAGAAGCGAGGGAGGCAGAGAGACGGACCGUGUGUAUGUACCACCAGAAGAGUGUACCAGGCUACUAGUGUUGUGACGGCGAUCGUGCCCACGACUUCUCCGGCGGGCCGGCAUUCGCGUUCUAUUCGUCUAUCUUCCUCUUCGUCGUGACCUCCCCGAUCUUCGGCGUCACGUCGAGCUCCCUUCUUACCCUCUGAAGGCCUCCUGGUGUCUUCUUCCUCGUUGAGAACAAUUCCUCCUACUCUACUCUCAAUAUCUUUCCUUCUCUUUAUCGUAGAGACUCCUUUCUGUCUCCUUUCUUUCCUUUCCCUCCUUCAGCCUCAGUACGAUUUUGCGACACGCGCCUUUACUUCCGGCCGAAAAGUGAAGGCUCGGAAGCGAGCCAGUGCACUUUGCCGCGGCUGAAGGUAUACCAGAGGUGUCGUCGUAAAGUGCGCGCGUGAUCAAGCUUGGUGUCCACGCGCGUACGAGUGCAGGUGCUCCGGAAACACACGCCACGUGCUGCAGAAAUGUCAUCGCCGAUGGAAUAAAGGAGAACAUCGGCAGACAUCAAGAAGAUCGCGUUUCAUUUUAACAAGAAAUACGUCCAAUUCAGCGCCAAUCAUGCGGUAUCUAUUAUCCAUGCUCCAAGUUUUAAUCAUCGUGGUGCAACAGAAUCCCGAAGCCCGACAACGUGUACCUAAUGUCAGAGGCUUAUAUACUUUACAGCAACACUUACACGAUCACGAGAUUGUAAUACCACGGAAGGUGAAUCACCGAGGCGACUUAAUCUCACAUAAUGUUACACAUCAUCAUCAUGAGGACGGACCAAUCGUUCAUUAUCAAGUGACAGUGGCUGGUAACGAGUACCACCUCGAACUGACAGCUACUGAUAACUUCAUUGGCCGUGCGAUGGUUGUGGAAAGGAGGAAGCGGGAUUUGCACGUCCGUAGCCCGGCGAAAAGUCACGGCAGCAAAUGUCAUUAUCGAGGAUUUAUUAAGGGCCAUCGGAAUUCCCGUGUCGCCCUGUCUGCCUGCGACGGUUUGGCGGGUAUGCUGCGCGGCGACCACGGCGAGUUCUGGCUGGAACCAGUCGCCGUGUCCCUGGAAGAAAAACGCGGCACGUCGUCGGCCGACGAAAUGACGACCGACGAUUUAGGCGCCGGUGCCCGCUCGUCGAUCUGUAAAGACCCCACGGCCCCAGGGGGCCGGCCUCACCUCGUCUUUCGGCGCUCGGCCGAGCAGCAGCAACAGCAGAUCGAGAUCGGCGCCGGCGGUCGCAGCAGGCGACGGCGCAAAAAGAAGAGGAAACAGGAGAGAAACUGCGGCACCCGCGAACCGCGUCGAUUGACAGAGACGCGGCUCGAAUGGCAAACUCAACCAGGCCUCGUCCAAGUUCAAGGCCGCGGGCGAAGGAAACAUCAUCAAGCGAAACGGUGGCAUCGUUCCAAGAGAUCGAUCAGUACACCGCGUCAUGUCGAGGUUCUUGUCGUCGCCGACAUGACGAUGAUGGCUUUUCACCAGGAUGGCGAUGUGGAAACUUAUCUCCUGACAAUCAUGAACAUGGUGUCCGCGCUCUAUCUUGAUCCCACUAUCGGCAAUUUCAUCAACAUCGUAGUGGUCAGAAUUAUUCUCGUUGAGGAGGAAGACGCAGAGCAAGGGUUAGAUAUCGCGAUAAACGCGGAUAGAACUCUAUAUAAUUUCUGCAAAUGGCAGCAGAAACUAAAUCCCGGCGAUGAUUCGCAUCCGAAUCAUCACGACGUGGCGAUUCUAGUGACGAGAGAGGACAUUUGUUCGCGUGCAAAUACCCCUUGUAGCACUUUGGGAGUGGCUCACGUUGCUGGUAUGUGCCAACCGGAUCGUAGCUGCAGCGUCAACGAGGAUAAUGGGAUCACAUUGGCGCAUACAAUCACGCACGAAUUGGGACAUAAUUUUGGAAUGUAUCACGACACGGAAAAAAUCGGCUGCAGUAAACGUGAAGGCGAUACGUUACAUGUAAUGACGCCAACUUUUGAAGUGGACGCUGUUGGAGUAGCUUGGUCCAGAUGCUCUAGAAGAGAUAUUACGAACUUUUUGGAUCAAGGAAAAGGCGAUUGUUUAGAAGACGAACCUGCGGGUAAUGAUUAUGCAUAUCCAGAUUUACCGCCCGGUGCAAUGUAUAAUGCCGAGCAUCAAUGCCGGUUGCAGUUCGGCGUAAGAGAAGCUUCUGUUUGUUCUCCAUUGCAGGAGAUUUGCUCGAAACUAUGGUGCAUCGUAGACGGUUCUUGCACUACUAUGCUGCAUCCAGCAGCUCCGGGAACACAUUGUGGGAAACACAUGUGGUGUCAAAAUCAAGAAUGCGUGCCUAUUGUCGAUCGACCGCGGCAAAUCGACGGCGGUUGGGGCGAAUGGGGAUCAUGGAGUGAGUGUUCGAGAACUUGUGGUGCCGGUGUCUCGAUAGUCGAGAGGAAAUGCGAUCAUCCGGAGCCCGCACACGGCGGAAAGUUUUGUAUAGGCGAAAGACGUCGUUAUAAAAUCUGCAACACGCAAUCUUGCCCGGAAGGUACACCGAGUUUUCGCGCGGUUCAGUGCAGCAACUACGACGGUAAAGAAUAUAAAGGAAAGAAUUAUACCUGGCUGCCAUAUUUCGAUCAAACGGAGCCUUGCGAGCUUUAUUGCACUGAUACAGAGGAAAGCGUAAUCGUCCCUUGGGGAGAGGCUGCUCUCGACGGUACGCCAUGCAAUGUUGGUACCAGGGACAUGUGUAUCGCUGGCAUAUGCAGAAAAGUCGGUUGUGAUUGGAUGGUGGAUUCCGAUGCUACGGAAGAUCGCUGCGGUAUUUGUCAUGGCGAUGGUACUCAAUGCGAAACCACCAGCGGUGUUUAUGACAAAAAUGAUGGUCCCGGAUACAAGGAAGUCAUUGUUAUUCCAUCCGGUUCGCGAAAUAUUAAGAUCGAGGAGAUCGGUAACAGUAAGAAUUACAUUGGCAUCGGCGUGCCGAAUUCCGACAAGUAUUUCCUCAAUGGAAAACGGCAGAUCACUUUAGCGGGCGAGUACGAAGUCGCCGGGACACCAGCUUUGUAUGAACGUGAUCGAGAUAGAGAGAAGAUUAGAAUUCCAGGACCUAUUAAAGAAGACAUUGCAGUCUAUUUAAUUUAUAGAGGUCACUAUCGCAAUUUUGGACUACGUUAUGAAUACACCGUGCCAAAAAAGAAACCUGAUCGAGCUCCAGAAUACUCGUGGAUAUUUUCCGAUUGGACUCUUUGUACGGUCACUUGCGGUGGUGGUACUCAAACUUCUCACGCAAUCUGUCACGAAAGGAAAAACGGUAUCGUUGAAGACUAUUUCUGUGAGGGCAUCGAGAAACCGGAACCAAAGUCGCGCGAAUGCAAUUCGAAUCCAUGUCCUGCGAGGUGGUGGGUGGGCCCAUGGCAAAUGUGUCCUGUUACAUGCGGCGAGAGCGCGCUGCGUAAAAGAUCAGUAAUGUGCGUGUUCUCCGGUGACGGUACCGAUCGAUCAGACUUGGCACUACCCGAUCGCGAUUGCGAUAAAAACAUACGACCCGAAGAAGUGGAACCGUGUUCAGAUUUACCGCCAUGCGGGCCCACCUCGGAGAUACCGCUAUUCGUGUACGCUGACAACAAGGAUAUGUCAUUCUAUAAUAUCAGUCUGAACGAGCAAGACGGUAUUACGAUAGUCGACAGCCUCACUACCGAGGAGCCAGAGAUUCUCGAGUUCGACAACGUCGUCGACGAGAACCCGGACAAUUCCAUGUACAACACUAAGUCGAAGUGGACGGUAUCGAAGUGGAGUCACUGUUCAAAUGGCAAGAGAAGCAGGAAAGUCACAUGCUCCGUUCCGGGCGAUUGUAAUCCGGAUAACAAGCCAAUCAGCGUCGAGGACUGUUAUGGUGGAAAAUGGAUCACCGGAAAUUGGGCAAGUUGCAACGCAAGUUGCCUCGUAAAGUCUGGAAUUAAACAUAGAGAAGUACAAUGUCGUGAUCGCGCGACAAACUUGCUAUCCGACGAUUGCAAUCUCGACAGAAGACCGUUUGAUACAAAGCGCUGUUAUUAUCGACGGCAAUGCACAAAUGAGAAAAAUGAUUGCAAGGAUAGUAUAGUUCCGUCGUGUGCAAACUUCAAACGUAUGUGUGAUACAUCACCGAUUGUGCGAGAAAAGUGUUGUGCCACGUGCAUGAAACGACGACGACAUAUCCGCCACAAUAGACGACACAUAUUUGCCAAAUAACAAAACAGAGUUGAGAAAUAGCAAGUGCAAAAGUAUUUUAAAAUUUUUAAAAUGCACAUAUCUCUCCGUCUGAUUUUAUUCGUAUUAUUUAAAUUAAGAUAAAAAUAUAAAUUAAUUAAAUUUUUUACGUUUAACGUAUGGCAACAAAAAUUAGAAAAAAACUUAUAACAGAGAGUGAUAUUACGAGAUUAUAUUUGUAACUUUAUACUAUUGCGUGUAUGUAUGUAUAUGUAUAUUUUGUAUCAAGAUGUAAUCAUACUUAUGCCACGUAGAUAUGCCAUUUACUUAUCAUCGUCUAUCCGCCUUAGAUAAUUAAGAUACUAAUUGAAAAACGUUGCAAAUGCUAAAUAUAUAUAUAUACUA